AUGGAGCGGUUCCAGUCCCUGGGUCCGGUCGGGGAGGGCAGUUACGGCUCGGUGCUCAAGUGUCGCCACCGGGACUCCGGCCGCCUCGUCGCCAUCAAGAAGUUCCUGGACUCUGACGACGACAGGACGGUGAAGAAGAUCGCUCUCCGGGAGAUCCGGCUGCUCAGGCAACUGCGUCACGACAACCUGGUGAACCUGCUGGAGGUGUGGAGGCGCCGGCGCCGCUGGUACCUGGUGUUUGAGUUCGUAGACCGGACGCUUCUGGACGUUCUGGAGCAAAACCCGGACGGGUUGGAGCUGAAUACGGGCCGGCGGUACUUCUACCAGAUCCUGAGGGCCGCCAACUUCUGCCACCAGCAAAACGUCAUCCACCGUGACAUCAAACCAGAAAACAUCCUCAUCUCUCAGGAGGGCGUGGUCAAACUGUGUGACUUCGGCUUCGCCCGCACCAUGGCGGCGCCGCCAGACCCUGGCGUGUACACCGACUACGUAGCCACUCGUUGGUACCGAGCGCCCGAGCUGCUGGUGGGAGACGCCAAGUACGGCAAACCUGUAGACGUGUGGGCUGUGGGUUGUCUGCUGAUAGAGAUGCUGACAGCUCAGCCUUUGUUCCCCGGAGAGUCCGACCUCGAUCAAAUACACCACAUCAUCAGGUGUUUUGGAAACCUGACGACGCAUCACCAGGAGCUGUUCUACAGAAACCCGGGGUUUUCCGGGGUGAAACUUCCUGAAUGUUCGGGGACUGUCCCGCUGCAGCAGCGUUUCCCCGCCGUCCCCCCCGCCGCCCUCGAUCUGGCUAAGGAAAACACAACAAAGGCAACAUCAAGGAUGAGAAGAAAGAAACUCCUCCCGUCCCUCCGGUCCCAUCAGAGAACCAGCAGCAUGGACUGGACCGCGACGCUUGCACUGCUGAUCACACGCAAUAACUUCAUCUCUGUUUGCUCCUCCCAUCAUAUAUUUGAUCAUAUUUCUCUAUAUAACAAAUGUUGACUUGAAAUUCUUA